UUAAAGCUGAUCAGUGAUAGACCAUACUGUUGAAACGUACGAGGAACUAUUCACAAGACUGUACUUCGUUUUACUUGUUAUUUCUGCUGCGCAGUUGAGCUCCGCCUGGAACUGUGAUCCAUUAAUCGUCUUGCCCUUUAAUCACCCGACGAAUCAGACGAGAGCUGCAAGUUGGGCGCAACUUUGAAUUUUGUGCUGGUUUGCGUCAACUGACGUUUUCGAAAUAUCCUACAGUUUAACUGGGACCAGGGUUUACUGUUAGGUGAAAUUAAUACGACGAGUUUCAGCGGAACAGAUGAGGCUUAGAGACUUUUGUCAAAAGCGCAUGGAUGAGGAGGAUAACCGCUCCAGGACGAUAGGACAACAACUGAGCGAAGAAAACCCGUUCAGUCUUUAGUCUAGGCUGCAACUUGACAGAGACCGUAGGUUUAUGUUGAUACGGUCAUCCAUUCUUCUUUAAUCUCUUUAUUUUAUGUUCGAUCCGCUGCCCACGCGCGCAGUUCAAAGUGCGUCUAGAUGCGCGUAAUUGUUUUACUCAAUCGGAGUAUUGAAGGGUUCGGUCCAGUGCGUGGUGUCCAUCCGAACUGGCUGACAAGUUCAGAUUAACAAUUGGACAUCUGAAUAUCUUUUUCCUGUAACAUCUCAAUACAUGGGUAACCUGGAUAAUAGUUCUCUAAGGGAUUGUGCAUUCUGUUAAACUCAUACCUCACCACCACUUGUUUUGAAAUCGGUACAUCUUAAACAAGACCAUGAUGAUUUUAAAAUUGGUUCUUCCGCUGAUGUCCAUCGUUUUGACACGAGGUGUUCAUGGUCAAAUGGUCCAGAUGGACAGCAGUAAGUCAGGAUUUGUGGGCUCACAGGUAGAGCUACGCUGUCAGUUUGUCAACAGCAACCCACCUGUAAAAAUCUCACAGGUCACCUGGCAGAAGCUUGUCAAUGGCACCAAGCAGAAUGUCGCCAUUGCCAAUCCAGCCCUGGGGGUGUCGGUUCUGAGCCCCUUCAAAGAGCGUGUGCGUUUCAAGAACCCCGCCGUCCGCCAGCGCACACCUUCCCUGGAGGACACCACCAUAGUCUUCAACAAACUAAAACUGUCGGAUGAAUCCACCUACAUCUGCGAGUACACAACCUUCCCAGCUGGCAACAGGGAGAACAUGGUUAAUCUCACUGUUUAUGCUCGUCCUAUGAUCCAGAUGAGUCUGUCCACACCCUCCAUAGUAGCGGGAACCAAAGAUCUGAAGAUGACUGUUUCCACGUGCGUUUCUGCCAAUGGGAAGCCACCCAGUGUGAUCACAUGGGAAACUGAUUUAGAUGGAGAAUCCAACACCCAGGUGAUACGCAACCCUGAUGGGACUGUCACUGUGCGCAGUGAUUACUUGGUGGUUCCCAGUCGAGAAAUACACCAACAGUUGCUCACCUGCAUCUCCACAUAUAAUGACGAACAAUACACAGACAGUGUGAUGCUCAACAUUCAGUAUGAACCAGAGGUGAUAAUAGAGGGCUUCGAUGGGAACUGGUAUUUGAACAGAGAAAACGUUCAGCUCACCUGCUUGGCUGAUGCCAACCCACCCGUCUCUUUGUUUCAGUGGAGAUACUUGAAUGGAACUAUGCCGAGUACAGCAGAGCUUCGCGAUGAUGUGCUGAUCUUUAAAGGUCCCGUAACUUAUGACAUCGCAGGCACAUACAUCUGUGACGCCACCAACAGCAUUGGGACAGGCUCUGCAUCUGUUGAGGUCAUUGUCACAGAAUUCCCUAGCCACCCACACGAGGUGUCUCAGGAGCCACAGCAAGCAGGUGCCAUCAUUGGUGGAGCUGUUGUUUGUGGCACAGUGCUGUUGGCCACCAUUACGCUCCUGGUAGUGUUUUGCUAUCGCCGGAGAUGCAUGUUUAAAGGAGAUUACAGUACCAAGAAGCAAAUCCUUGGAAAUGGUUACAGCAAGGCUGGCAGUGCGCCAUCACACCCCUCGCUACCUCACAGUCUGACCUUCUCCGAAGACUCAGAUGAAGAGAAGAAGCUGGAAAUGUACAGAGGCUCCAGUAUCUUAGGAAGAAGCAUUCAGGAGUUCCACAGCUGCCAUGACAGCGGGAUGAAGGCCUACCACACAGGACUGAUCGAGGACCAUGAGAGAUGCGAACGUAGCGAGCAGACUUACAUUUAUGAUUAUGGAUCUGAGGUGGAGGUCUCAGUGGACAUGAUUCCUCAGAUGGACGGCUCUGUCAUCUCUAAAGAAGAGUGGUAUGUGUAGAACUCAAGACUUUGAGCUUCUCAGCAUGGUCCUUUUCCACUAUCUUCUCGUUCCUUGCCAUCUCCUUCCUGUUGAAGCAGGCUUUGGGAUCCAAACUGACAAUGGAUUCGAUUCACCUAGAGGACAUUGUUGACAUGAAAAUCCAAACUGAUGAUGGAUGUUUGGAGAUUGACCAAUGACUUUGCCUGAUAAAAUGUCUCUGUUUCAAAAUCUAGCGAGCUGUUUACGGCAUCCAUCGAAUUAUGCAUAGUUAUUUGCAUAAUUAUGCUGCCUCUUGAAAUGCCUAAUUUUAGCCAAAUUCUAAAUCAGCAUUUCAAUCUCUCACAUAGAAGACUGUCCCAUAAUACACUGCAGCAAGCUCAGAGGGAAAAAAACAAAUCUAAGAUAGUGUCAUUUAAGUUUUAUUAUGCAAUUCUAAGUUGUAUUUCUUAAAAGUAGUGAUGUACAUCUUUCAAUGUAAUUAAUUACAUUACAUUACAUUAAUUUUACCAAAUAUUUGUUUAUGUUUAUGCCAAUGGAGUAUUGUGCUGAGAGCUUAGCAACAGGCUAACUUCAAACUCUAGUCGAUUAAGUUGAUUGUGAUUUGUGUUCUUCAGUACAAAGUACUAAUUACUAAUUCUACAUAGGUUGGUGUUCUAAAUCAGUUAUUUUCCAUUACGUUUUGGGAUGUUGGCUCACUAGGUUUUGUAACAGUGCUGUUAGCUUAGCAAUAUGCUAACUUCAAACUGUAUUGGAAUCAGUUGUGAAUUGCGUUCUCCCCUGCUGUGACACACUUCUACAUGUGUUGGCAUCCCAAAUUGGUCACUGUUGUAUUGUUCAGUAAUUUUGUACCAGUGCUGUUACCUUAGCAACAUGCUAACUUCAAACUAUAUUGACAUCAGUUGUGUGUUGUGUUCUGUGCUGAGUGUUUAUGCAUAUAGACUAUUGUGCUGUUUGCUUAGCAACAUGCUAACUUCAAACUUUAUUGAAAUCGAUUGUGAUUUGUGUUCUCUAGCACUAUUUACAUGGCACACCGAGUUUCUACAUAGGUUGGUGUCCUAAAUCAGUUAUUUUCCAUUACGUUUUGGGAUGUUGGCUCACUAGGUUUUGGAACAGAGGUAGCCAAAUAUCUCUAACAUAAUCUAGGCGUUUGUUUGGAAGAGAAUACAUGUCUUGACAGUGCCGUUGUAUUGAGAAAGAAUUUUUGCCUCGGGAUAGUGUUUACUUGAGAGCAGUUGAAACUUCACUAUAACCUAUAAACUGUGAAAGUCUUACACUGUGUGCAUAUUUUUGUGCAUGAUUCAUGGAAACAUUGCCUUGUUUUGUCAGAUAUUGUGUUUUUUUUAUUGAAACAGAAUUUCUGGCUGCUUUAAUCACAGGUUUCAUAAUACAGUACAAUAAACUGUACUUCCCUGCACUGCAGUAGUCAAAUACCACCUGUAAAGAAUAUGAACAUAGAUAAUCACGCAAAUAAUCAGUGACUGUAGCUUUCAAGAGUCAGUGAUUUUACUGCAUGUCUGAGUGGCUGCAAUCUACAAUAUGAGUUCAUGUUUGAUAUUUGAAGUUAUUUAAGAUGAUAUAGGAACAUUGUAGGCUACUAUAUAAGUGCUUUUAAAAAAUGCUAAAUAAUUUCAUUUUAGUGACACUGAGGAACAAACUGGUUGAAUGUUAUAUUGGUCUUUUGCAGGUGGUGUUCAGCUAAUGUACUUCCAUAUGAUUUGCUGUAAAAUUUGUAAUACAUUGUGUUUUAUGCUAAUUGGAAAGAUUUAUGAGUUUCUUCAUUUGUAAAUCUCUUCUAGAAAGCAGCAAAAAGGUCAUUUUCACAAUAAUGAUAGAAAAUGCCCUGUUGGUUCAGUAUAGUUUGUAAAACACAUAAUUUUGUUAACGUUGCUUAAUUUAUUCAGGAAACACUUGAUGUGUUUUUGUUUCCUUUGUGUUAAACUUGAUUAUGCUGCCAAGACCAACAUAUUCAGAUAUACAGUGUUUGUGUUUGCUGUUCUCCUGUUAUUUGUAUUUAUUGUGAAAGCACAAGUGUUAAUAAGUCUUGUGAAUUCUCUGCUGAAAUAAAUAAAAAUGUAUAUAUCAAGUCAGUUAAGAUAGGCAAGAUAAAAUUUAAAGUUUUCUUUGUCUGAUUAUGAAUAAUGUUUUGCUUAUGAUAUAUCAGAAUCAAUAAAUGAACAAGCACAAUUUUCCAAGCAGAGCAAUUCAAGUGGUUCGUUUGGGGUCAUCUGAUCAGGACAUUCUUUGUGGUGUCAGUCACUUAUUUGAGGUUGGGUAUUGUCUGUUUCGAGUGGACACAUUAUGCCAUUAACAUCUCUUUUACAGCCAUUAGAGCACCCCACAACAAAUCCAAAUCCCCUAGUUGGCAUUUACAUCAUUGUUGUUUUAUGUACACAGAGACCUAAGGGAAAUCUCCCAUGAAUCCCUUCCAUGGCAGCUCCAUUUGUUGGUAUGAGUUUGCAGAAAAGAAGGUCAUGUGAGCCGGAUGUGUGGUUUUUUUUCUCAUCAACACAAAACAAUAGGACUAGGGCCGUACAAUAGAGCUAUUCUCGUUAAUGUUAGAGAGGAAACAUGUUUCAGAGGCAUGUCAGGUUUGAAUACUUAAGUACAACAGAGUAUUAAAAUGUGAUGUAAGUUAACGUGAUGUGUUAUGUAGUGUAUAUGGUGGAAUUAGCAAGGAGAUUCCCAACAUGUAUU